UUCAAAACUUGAGAAGAGAGUAAAGAUGGAGAAGAUCGGCGAGGAUCUGCAAACGGAGAAGCUUAAAUCGCAGAUCGACGAGGAUCUGCAAACGGAGAAGCUGAAGAUGCAGACUGCAAUUCGUUGCGCGAAAGCUGCGAUCCUUCUGUCUUCCCUCAAAAACGCCACAAAAGCUUUAACCACCGAUGUUCCCCAACUCCAGCACGAAUCGAGGAUCGAGAAGUUGAUGAUCGAUUUGGUGAAGGAGAAACAGAAGCUGAAGAAUUUAAGGCAUUCGAUCGGAAUUUUAAUCCUCUUUUACUUCUUAGUUCUGUUCAUCUAUCCCAUCUUCCUCAAAUUUCUUUGACCUUUUGCGUCCUGAAAUGGCUAUGCUUCACGCGAUUUUUGCACAAUGUCAUUACUAAUUCUCGAU